CAUCUCAACCUCGCCCAGCUCCAACGCUUCGUCUGCACUAGCUUACUCCUCCUACUCAUCUUUUUCUCCGACAGUGGCCACAACCUACUCCCAGUACCCUGUAGCAAACAACUAUAACAGCUUCUCUUGUGGUUACGGUAACAUGUCGACUCGACGGAUGUCCUCCAUAACUGAUGCUUCAUCGUCGGCGAUGUUACCUCCGACACGAUCACCAGGGCUGAGCAACCCUGUGUCACCGCCCAUGGGUGUGCCGGCUCGGGACAACUAUACAACAACGUCGGGCCUGCAUAGGCAUCCCCACACCCUAUCGCCUCGUCAUUCUGAACUCUCUCGCUACAACUCUAUGCCCGACACUCCUAGGAGUGUUCUGUCAACCACCAUGCCUCUGGCAUACAGCAACUACCAGAGCUCCUCUUACUCAAGCCACGGUCAAGCGACAGAGACACCACCCUUCAACGCGCAAGAGACAUACGGGACAAUCAGCUGCGAGGGCACCACAGUAGUGCCAACUCUCGAUGCGAAGAUUGAGAAAGGAUUCUUCUACUCUAGCGACCGCGUCUGGACAUGCUACCGCCGGAACUACUUCGCUGUCAAUGUCUCGUACGGACUCAACCCAUGGAUCUCGAACGCUCGCCUGUACCUUGAUCAAGGGAAUGGAAAGCAACCAGAGCAGAUCCAAUCGAUGGCAGUUUCUCUCGCUGCGGCUGUUGAUGGCUCGGCAGGGAAGACCAUUGAGCUCAUCCAACACACCCCGAAACGCGACAAGGGCCCUCAACUUUCCAUGAAGAAGGAGCUCCUCGCUCCCACCCCACCUGGAAAGAGCCACGAACACGGUGGCUACGGCCUCAACAGUUUCCACCAGUCCUCGAGUGUUCCAGGCCCACAGUUGCCCUUACAGAACGACUCCGACUCAUCGCAACAAUACUCGCCUACUAGCCAUGCCAGUAGCAGUUUCCAACACGGGUUUGAACGCAUUCAGUUCAAAUCAGCUACCGCCAACAACGGCAAGCGGCGAGCCCAGCAGCAAUACUAUCAUCUGAUUGUCGAACUCUGGGCCAACAUUCAGAAUCCACGAGAUGAUAACCCGAAAUGGGUCAAGAUCGCCGCUCGCUCGUCACACCCAGUGGUCGUCCGUGGGAGAUCACCAAGCCACUAUCAACACGAGGGUCCCCACAAUGCCGGUGCCAGUCGAGGCGCUGGAGGAUCAGGUCUCGGUGGGCCUGGUCAUCAUGGCUUGGGUUCAAAUGGCACACGAGCUUUUGGAUCCUACAGUAAUGGCAUGUCGAACGGUAGUGCAACCAUGGGCGGUAACCCCUACCGAGGUAACACCUACUCACUCGAUCCAAGCCCUAUCGGAAGUCAUUCUGUGAGUUCUGCCAGCUCCCUGAGCGGUGGGCCCCCCGAGGGUCUUGUUGGCGAUCAACACAUGGUCGACGAUGACAACAAGAUGAAUGACGCUCCUCAAGACUACUCCUACUACCCAGCUCCACUCUACGAGAGUAUCCCAGCAAAGAUUGAGCAUUCACUCCCACUACCGCAGCGCAUUAUCAAAGAGGAGUACCCGGGUCCUGCAGCGCUAGCCGCUGGCUGGCACAACGGCGGCUGUGGGCGUUUUCAGGGCAUGGAGACCAGUCGCGGGUACUACCCAGACGUGCAUGCUCACGCCGGGUACUGAGCUAAUUGCAGACUUGAGUGCAGUCUGUAUCAUGUUUUGUCAGCCUGACGCGAGUGGUGGUUGUGCCGUCACAGCUACUAUAGAAGCCAC